AGUAGCCACAGCUCCCAGCAACAGCUGGGACACCCUCCCCUGCAUGCAGGCUGGGCGGGCGCUGUCUGCAAAACCUCUCUGUCCUUAACCCUGUGUGCCCUCUGUGCAUUAAGGCUGUGUGGUGACAUUGGUGCCUUCUAUGUAUUGGCUCCCAUACCCAGUGUCUGAAUGCUGCUGCCGGUAGCUGUCACCAGUUUUCUCCAGCCUGGCUUUGUUUCCCAACAUUUCACGUUGGCAGCAAAGGGAGACGAAAAGCUGCACUUGUGCUAAAUAUCUCAGCAAAGACCUCCAGCUCCUGGAAUAGACAUCCUAACUACAGCAGAGGAAAGAGCAGCAGGUAGUACUGCCAGCUAAAGACUGUGGGCACACUAAAGGACAAGACAGAAGUGCCAUGUGUUGCUGUUGAGAGCAUGCUGUGUUCCUGUGGAUUGUAACGUGAGUCCCAGACUGGAUCCUGAUGUGAUUCCUCAGCAUUCCCAAAUGAUUACCUUCUGCGCUGCGAGCAUUUACCAUCACGCCUGGAAAGACUGUAGCAGAAAGGGCUAAUUUGUGUCCUGUGUGACCCAGCUGUAAGGCAAGAAAGCUGAUCCCACGAGCCAUUCUAUUGGAAUUCAUUGUGCCCUGCUUAUAACAGACAGCUGGAUCUAAAGUCGUGUGUCUAUAUCCGCUGCACCCCUCCUCUUGUCCUCACAGUUGUUGUCCUGUACCCUGUGCACGAGUGUGGCUGGCCCUGAGGAUGUCCCGCUGGCUCUUAACCCUUCCUUGUCUGUGGCAGAUGCUGCUGACGGUUCUCACCUUGGAAAUGGGCUUAUAUGAUGUGGAAAGGGGAAGAGAGGCUAAAUGUGAACCCAUUCAAAUCCCCAUGUGUCAGGGCAUUGGCUACAACAUGACUAGAAUGCCCAACUAUGUCGGACAUGAGUCUCAGGCUGAGGCUACGGUGAAGCUUUUGGAGUUUGCCCCGCUUGUGGAGUAUGGGUGUCACAUCCACCUUCGCUUUUUUCUCUGUUCCCUUUAUGCUCCCAUGUGCACUGAGCAGGUGUCCACUUCCAUUCCUGCCUGUAAGCCUAUGUGUGAAAUUGCACGCCAGAAGUGUGCCCCCAUAAUGGAGCGCUUUAAUUUUGGAUGGCCAGAAUCUUUGGACUGUGACCGCCUGCCUAGUAAAAAUGACCCAAAUGCACUGUGCAUGGAGGCCCCGGAGAAUGCUACUAAUGGUGACCCUCAAACCAAUGGCCAUGGAAUACUUCCUGUAGCUCCACGACCUUCUCGUCCAUCUGGAGCUGGGAUAGGUAUCCCUAGUCGCUGCGCCAAUCCUGACAAAUUUCUAUAUGUGGAGAGGAGUGGAGUGUGUGCCCCAAGAUGCACCCCUGGUGUGGAUGUCUACUGGUCUUCAGGUGACAAGGACUUUGCCCUGGUGUGGAUGGCAGCAUGGUCUGGUCUUUGCUUUAUUUCAACUGCUUUUACUGUACUGACAUUUCUAUUACAUCCUCAGCGCUUCCAGUACCCUGAGAGGCCUAUUAUCUUCCUCAGUAUGUGUUACAAUGUCUACUCUACCGCAUUUCUCAUCCGUGCUGCUGCUGGGGCCCCUAGCAUUGCAUGUGACCGUGAAGGUGGCGCCCCCUACCUGAUCAGAGAGGGUCUGGAAAGCAGCGGGUGCACACUUGUCUUCCUUAUAUUAUAUUAUUUUGGCAUGGCCAGCUCAUUGUGGUGGGUGGUUUUAACUCUCACUUGGUUUCUAGCAGCAAGUAAAAAGUGGGGUCACGAGGCCAUUGAAUCCCAUGGUAGUUACUUUCACCUGGCUGCUUGGGGUAUUCCAGCUGUAAAAACCAUCAUUAUACUCACAAUGCGGAAAGUCGGUGGAGAUGAGCUAACUGGACUAUGCUAUGUUGGCGGCUCAGAUCCCAGUGCCCUAACAGGAUUUGUUCUUGUGCCUCUUUCAUGCUAUUUGGUGACAGGCACAUCGUUUCUGUUAACAGGCUUUGUUGCACUCUUCCACAUCAGACGUGUCAUGAAAACUGGGGGAACCAACACAGAGAAACUGGAGAAACUGAUGGUUAAGAUAGGAGUCUUCUCCAUCCUUUACACAGUCCCAGCCACCUGCAUCAUUGUAUGUUGUUUUUAUGAACGUCUUAAUUUGGCUCACUGGGAAGCCCGGGCAAGGGAAGAGCCCUGCAGGACAGCUUCUGGAAGUGGCAGGCCAGACUGUACUUUACCUGGGUCCAUACCCAGUGUAGCAGUCUUCAUGCUUAAGAUAUUCAUGUCACUAGCUGUGGGUAUAACAAGUGGUGUCUGGGUAUGGAGCUCAAAGACUUUACAGGCCUGGCAAGGCAUCUUGUGCCAACGUCGGCUUGGGGUGGUGGGAACCAGGACUCGAGGGAAGCCUCAAACUGGAGGGGGCAUUGCUUGUAGUUUAGGGAGCUGCCCUUACAAGCCCCCACCACUAACUCUUCAGGUUGCCAAAACAGACCUCUUCAUGGACAGCCCGACACAUGUGUGAACCUCAAGAUUAAACACGGGGUUGUUCUAAUAUGAAAAAUAUUUCUAUACAUCUUCAGGAACAUGUUUAACUGCUUACCAUGGGUAGAAAAAUUGCAGGUGACUGGUAAGCUCUUGAUAUAAGAGUCUAUGGGGGGGCCACAAAUAACUGAAUUGGGUGAGGACACCUUUCCUAAAAAAAAAAAAAAAUUGUAAUAUAUUUUGUUGGUGACACAUGUAGGGGAAUUAUUCAUACUCCAGCCAUAGAGACAUUACAGAGGUGCUCUGUUUCGAAGACCUCUUUUGGCUGCUUUAUGUGAACACUGAGCCUUUUAGCAGCUGUUUUGACAGCCUCCUCCCUGCAAGUACAGAAGCAGAAAUUACACAGAAUGGUGCCUAUAUGACUUAUCCAAUCUAUCUCAUCGUCUCCAGGGGCCGCAGGAUCCAGCGCUGUUAAUGUCAUGCUGUGUAGUAUUGUUGGUUGCAGGCAUAGUGCAAUUCAUUGCUACUUUGUUAGUCUGCACAGCCUCUGUUCUAAGGUGACCAUUGACUAACAUUCAGGUCUUAUUGUGAAUAACCCACAAUGGUGUUCAGAGCAGUCUGUACAGGGCCCUAGUUUACCAGAUUUGUGUCUCAACCGUAAGCACAAAUUUACUUAAGAGUUGUGCAGCCUUUCUAAAAGUUCUCAAAUAUAAGGGAAUUGUUACUAAUAUGAAUUAGAAGUGCAAUACUGUGGUUGGCCCUUUGCUUUUCUGGGUGGUAAAAUCCAUCAGUGAAGUGUAUAGUACAGUUUAGCCUUAUAGGAAAUGUUUACUGACAUAUUCCACAUAACAGUUCAUACAAUUGGCUAUAACAGCAUUUCAUACUCACCAGAACCCCGGCAUACGUGCCAGCUAUUGAUAACUUCCAUUUUCCAAGAGUUGUGACUAGUCCCUGAACUAUUAUAGACCUGUCACUGACUUCACUCAGUGAACAGUAGAAAUAUUCUAUUCUGAGGUUGAAUGCACUUGCCCCAGUCUAUUUAUAUACCCUUUGUAUAUUAUAUUAUUAGUAUUUAUGUUCCAAAGAGUAUUAAAAAUACUAUAAACUGAAGUCCUGCCUAAAAAAAAAACAUUUUUGUUGGACAGAUGCCCAAAAGACUUUUAUAUGCUGGAUAAAUAUUUUCUUUAGCAAAGCGACCCUGAAGGGUAUUACAAAAUGUCAACAUUUACAUAGAAGAUAUCCCUUUUGUGAAAGAAUAUUGUGUACAUGAAAGUGCGGCAUGGAAUAUACAUAUGGGAUGUUUCUGUUGCCUCCUGGUUCACAUUUUGGACAGACGUAUUUAUUUAUUGAAUUGAAAGGAUUGUCUGACAUUACAAAAAAGGUGUGCUUUUCUUCCAAAACAGUGCCACUCCUGUCCAUGGGCUGUGUCUGGUAUUGCAGCUCAGCCUCCUUUUCCUGGACAUUUGGAAUUGUAAUAUGAGAAGCAACCAGUGUUGUGCUGUUUUUGGAGAAAAAAAAGCAUUUUUUAAAUAAUCUCAAACAAUCUUUUUAUGUUUUAACAGUAUAUUUUUUUGCCUAUUUUGUGGAUUUUUUUGGGUGACUGGCAUAUUUUUUCUUUAAACCCAGGAUGCUUUAGGUAUGGUGUCUUUUCUGACAUUGUCCCCAUGGACUAUAAAUGCCAGGAAAAAAACACCACAAAAUAUGCCAUUAAAAUAGUUUUUUUUUCAUUCAUUUUAAACACCAGAAGUCAAAAAGUUUAAGCCAGAAAGUAACAUUGCAUGUAGGAGCCUUUAGGCUGAGUUCAAACAUUGCAUUAUUUGUAAGUUUUUGCCACAAAUGACUGGAUGUGUUUUUACUGUAAAUUGCAAAAUUGCAAAACAAACUUUUUUGUGAUUUGGAGAAAAGGAGUUUCAAAAAAACACAGUAAAAAUGUGGCAAAACCCCAUCAUGUCAACUCAACCUUAAGAAAAAUAUUAGUUGUUUAUUACAACAAAUUAUAAGUCACAAUUUUAUAGUCAUAUACCCUUCAUUUUCUAGCAAAGAAUGCCCAGUGGCAACAGGAAUAAAGAAAUACACAUACAAUUCUACAGGACACUGCAGGAGAAACAGUACAAAGCUAUGAAACCUGUCAGACAUAUGCAUUUUUAUAGUCCAUUAUGAAUACUUGUUUCUUUUACAUACAAGUGCCCACUAUAGCCUAUUAUUAUUGUUUAUUGUAUUCAAGUCUCUAAAGUGCAAAGUGAGAAAUGACUGGCAGAUAAGUGAAUUAUUUCUGUGGUGUGCAGUGAUUGAAGUGAAGUUCUUUAGAUGGUUUGCAAGGAAACAAAAAUGUCAAGGUUUGAGUUGUUAUAAAGUUUAUUUUAAUUCUUUUUUUUUUUUUUUUUAGAAAAUAAUAGAGAAGAUUUACUAACUGUGGCAUAAAUACAUUGGGGUAUUCCAUUAAACUUUAAGGGUAUAUUAACAUGUACAGGAUUUGAUUAUUUUUGCUGUAUAUUUUGUGCAGCUGAUUUUGCAACCUAUUGAAGUUAAUGGGUAGCAAAAUCAGCUGCACAAAAUAUGCAGCAGACCCUGUACUUGUGAAUGUACCCUUAAAGCUAAGUUUCCACUUGGGUUUUUUUCUGGCAGUUUUUGGAUAUCUGCCACUGCAGUUUUUGAGCCAAAGUCAGAAGCGGAUCCAUAAGGGAGGCAAAGUAUAAGUCCUUCCUUUAUAGGUCCUAUUCCUUUUGAAUACACUUCUGGCUUUAGCUCAAAAACUGCAGUGACAGAUAUCCAAAAACUGCCAGAAAAACAACCAAGUGGAAACUUAUCCUUAAGAGAAACUGACAGCAGUGUCACCCACACAAAGAAGCUACUACCACUGCCUAAUAGUGUGGGUUACUCUGUCACAAGGGUCUUUUCUGUUUUGCUCUACGCUGCACCACUAGAGAAACACCUAUAAAUACAAAUAUGUAAAUUAGUCUCUUUGGGCAUUUAGGCCAGAUCCUGGUAAACUACCCCUUAACAAAUAUUCAUACAUUUUUUCCAGGGGCAGGUUCUACACUAGACCCGAAAGCGGAGAGCGAAUCGGCUUCAGAAGCGUGGCCAUCGUUAACAAAAUAAGCAGUGUAUGGCCACGCUCCUAAAGUCGCUCUGCCCGUGGCUUUAAGGGUAUAUAAGCGGCACAUACGCAGCGAUGCUACGGGCCAGCUAUGCUGGACACUGUGCAUAUGCAAGAUCUCACAGCACUUAGUGGCUGCAUGCUCCUCGAGAAAGUUAUGAAUAUUUAUUAAGGGGCAUUGAUCAGGUACCAGCCAAGUGGGCACAGCAGUGCACCAAGGGGCUAGGGAACACCACCAGUGCACCAAAGAGACUCGCUGCUUAGGUAUAUAUCAGGAACGCCGCGAUGUAGAGCAAAUUGAAAGUACCCUUGUGAUCAGCAUCACCAGCACUGUUAGGCAGUACAAGCAGGUUAGUGUGGGUGAUGCUGCUGUCAGUUUCCCUUUACAUAGUAGUAUUUGCCAUAGUCCCCAGCACACCAGCUGGGUAAUAUGGCACUCUCCAACUCAGACCUUUGAUAAAUCAGUCACAAUUGGUGCAACAGGGAAGCAACCUCAAUACAUAUGGCAUUAGUAAAUCUACUCCUUAGUAUAAUGGUAGAAAUGCUGCCUACCAUUCCAUGUUCAUAGUUACAAAUGGAGCAAAGCUGAAUUUGUCAUGGUGAGAGAGCUGCGUUUGUAAUUUUGUGAUAUCACAAAGUGCUGUCUGUAAUUUUACAUGGGACUGCAUAUUACUCAUAGUCAGAGAGGUGUUACAAUGUCUUGCCUAAUGGUUACACAACAAAUUCAUUAUAGAUGUGCACAAAACACAAACAACACAUUCUGGUUAUGUUGCUUUAUAUACAUGAAAGAAAUGCUUUACUACCAAAUGGUGCUAGGUAUGGGGCAUGGCAAAGUGCAUUACCACUGUCCAAUAUAUUUACUUAUGAAUGGGGGAGAUUUAUCAAAACCUGUUUAGAGGAAAAGUUGACCAGUUGCCCAUAGCAACCAAUCAGAUUGCUCCUUUCAUUUUUGAAAAGGCCUCUGAAAAAAAAAAAUAAGCGAUCUGAUUGGUUGCUGUGGGCAACUGGUCAAGUUUUCCUCUGAACAGGUUUUGAUAAAUCUUUCCUUUGGUUCCAAAGAAUCAAAGGGGGGAGAUUUAUCAAAACUUGUUCAGAGGAAAAGUCGCCCAGUUGUCCAUAGCAACCAAUCUGAUUGCUUCUUGAAUUUUUUCAGAGGCCCCUUUAAAAAUGAAAUAAGCAAUCUGAUUGGUUGCUAUGGGCAACUGGUAAACUUUUCCAAUGCACAGAUUUUUAUAAGUCUGGCUUUAAAUUUGGCUUUUCACCCAAACUUUUUUUUUUUAAUUUUGUGUAUUAUUGUUAAAGUAGAUUAUUUUUGUUAUAAUCUUAAUGGGAAGUAUUAUAAAACUAUGAAAACUAUGCAUAUAAGUAUGUAUGUAUAUUUCCUGGAGUAAUAUGAGUUUUAAUGUUUAUUUCACUAGAAAAGUUGCAUUAAUGGAGUAUUUAUUGUUAGGCCAUUAUCAUUAGAGCGGUGUAGUAUUGUGCACAGCCUGUAGGGGACAAAUAUGUGGACAAUUUGGUUAAUCUUUACUAGAGGAAAGACUUUAGGGCAGUUUUUCCAAACUAGUGUGCCUCCAGCUAUUUAAAAACUACAACUCCCAGCAUGCUCGAACAGCCAACAGCGGUCCUGGCAUGCUGGGAGUUGUAGCUUUGCAACAGCUGGAGGCACACUGAUUGGGGAACAUCGCUUUAGGGGGCUUUAUGGGACUGAGACAUUGAUGGUUAUCAGAACACAGUGGCUGCAGCACUUCCUGGAAUAACGGCAGCCCCUUCAUGGUUUAUUUAGGCAUAGCCGCAUGUAUGGACAAGCUGAUGUGCUUGGAUAAAUAAUGAAGGGGCGGCAGCACUCCAGCAGGUGCCUCAGCACCCCUGGCGUCUUCCUAGGGGUAGGCCACUAAUGUUUUUUGUCACAGCAAACCCCUUUGAAAGUCUUUCACAACAUAAUAUACAUUAUUUGUCUUUAACAUGUCUGAGACAUUGCUAAAAUAUCCAUUUUAGCAAAAGGAAAGAUUUUCUUUAGGUCAUGCCAAAGUGAAAAAGCAUCUUCUGUGUAUAUCUGGGCAACAACAGUGACAUCUAUAGAUUGGAUAUGGUACUACACUUGAACAGUGAAAAAAUGUAUGCAUAACUUUCAGUUAAUAUAUUUAGCAACAAAGAGAGUGUAAAAUGUUCAGAAAGGGUACGCAGCAGGUCGUGUUGUUGGUGUGAUAACGUACUAGCUAUGGCGUGAACAAGUUUAUAAGUCUGUGGUGUUAAGAAUUAUUAGUUUCCUUGACUUUGUGGUUUGUGGAAGCAUGCACAAAAGAAAAUAGAAGAAAGAAAAUAUAGGUUUUAGGCAGAUUUUUGCUGUUCUUGUAUAUGACCAGGAGUAGGAAUAUUGACCGGUAGACAUCAUAUUGCUGUUUUGUAUACCACCACUUGUCCUGCUCGAAAAGCACCAGCUGUAUUAUAUUUUAGUCUAUAUUUUAGGCCCUGGCCUAUAUUUUAGGUCCUGGCAAAAGGAUCAAAAAUUGACAUGUACAUAAUAACAAAAUAGAAGCUGAUGGGACGAUACAUCCAGGCUAUCUGAACAUAGUACCAUAGUACUGUCUUAGACAUUGAGAUAAUUUAUAAAUGCAAAGCUAGAACAGAGAUUUUAUUUUAGAAUAUAUCAACUCCAACUUCAAGAGCAACCGGACAGCGCACCCCUUAUAUAAUUCUGUAGAAUACAAUUGUCUGCAUUUUCACAAAUAUAGGGUUCAUCCCACAAAUGCCUCCACUAUGUGUUAAGAUAGGGCCACUGAAAAGCACAAGAGGAUUAUAGUUUACAUUGUAGGUGCCAGGGAGCAGGGCAAUGGUUAAUAAGUAUGUUUCUCUCCCAUUGUCUAUCAGGGAAAGGGGUCAUGUAAUGCAGCUCUCAUAUACAAAUCUAUAUAUAAAAUUUUAUAAAUAUAUAUAUAUAUAUUUUUGGAAAUGCAUUAUAAAAUGGUACUGGUUUUCUAAUGUGUUGAGUAUAAAAGUAAUAUUAUAAAUGGUAAUUUAAUGAUGUAAUUUAUUCUGGAACUUUCAGAGUUUUGACUUUAUGGUUUAAUAAACUUUUGU